AUGGCACCGUUUAAGCUAAAGUUCCGCAUGGGUAGUGGGUCGUCGCGUAGUACCUCUCAGGAGCAGGAUGUCGUUGUAGAUAGCCAAUCCAAUCCGGUCGGGACGCUUCUUUUGAACAGUGCGAGCGCAAAUGACUUUGGCAGCAGCACCACCACCCUUGACUCAGAGCAGAAUAACGAUAGCCUUGUCUCGAUGAGCAACGACCGGCGCGCCUUAAUACUGACCAGUAACACUACCGACGAACCAAUACUAGGAUAUGACAAUCCGUCACUCACCAACACAGAGUCCACAAACGUUAUACCACUAAGCCCACCGCCCUCGUACGAGCAUGUACUAGAAGAGAAUCGCCUCGCAGCGUUGGAUAAGGAAAACAAUCGAACAUCGAUACUGAACCUCUCGCCGACGGCACUCGGCUACGAAAUGAUGUCGAACAAUCGGUCGUCCCAGGAGCAGCUCGCCCCGGCCGGUUCGGAGCAGCAAGGAUCGCCCGGUGGUACGCGCAAACAGGAGUCCAUCGAUUCGUCCCUGUACACCUGCAGCUCGACGACCACGCCGUCGCAGGAGAACCUGCUCACCUGCACCGGCUCCUGCGAUCCGCUUUACCAGCUCAACUGCAACGAAGGCCUGCAGGAUCUUGCCGAAGAAAUGGAAACAAUGGCCAUGGACGAGACAUGUCUUUCGAACGAAAACCAGGAUACACUUUCGCUGGACGAAGAGUGCAGCUCGUACAGCAACUCCCAGCCGAUCUACGAGCAACAACACGCUCCACCCAAGCCGGAGGUGAAGGGUCCGGAGAUUCUGUACAAAUCGAGCAAGCAGCUGUACAAAGCGGUGGCCAAAGAGUGCGGCAUCACCUGCAAGAUGUCCGACCAGUGCCGCUGCCUGGAUUGUCAGAGUCGGUACUUUGACUGCGAGUACGAUCAGAACGAAAAUGAAAAAACUGACGGAGGACUAGGCGCUGGUACGCCCAUGUUCAUCAGUGAAGUUAUGCACGGCACGGCGUGCACCAUCCUUUAAGCCUCAAA